AUGAACCUCUCAGGAAGCAGUUGUGGAAGUCCUAGUUCUGCAGAUGUAUCUAAUGAUUUCAAGGAUCUUUGGACAAAACUGAAGGAGUAUCAUGAUAAGGAAGUACAAGGUUUACAAGUGAAAGUAACCAAACUGAAAAAGGAACGAAUUUUAGAUGCACAAAGACUAGAAGAAUUCUUCACCAAAAAUCAACAGCUGAGAGAGCAACAGAAAGUCCUUCAUGAAACCAUUAAGGUGUUAGAAGAUCGAUUAAGAGCAGGAUUGUGUGAUCGCUGUGCAGUAACUGAAGAACAUAUGCGGAAGAAGCAACAAGAGUUUGAAAAUAUUCGGCAGCAGAAUCUUAAACUUAUCACAGAGCUUAUGAAUGAAAAGAACACGCUGCAGGAAGAAAAUAAAAAGCUUUCUGAACAGCUACAGCAGAAAAUUGAGAAUGAUCAGCCACAUAAAGCAACUGAUCUUGAAUCUGAGGAAGAUGUUAUUCCAGAUUCACCAAUAACAACCUUUUCAUUUUCUGGCACUAAUCGGCUGCGAAGAAAGGAGAACCUCCGCGUCCGAUAUGUAGAGCAAACACAUGCUAAACUGGAGCACUCUGGCUGUGCACAUGAAUUGAAAAAAGUACCAAAGUCUUCAGCUCAUCCACAACAUAAGCCUAAGGAAAGUGAAAUUCUAGUGGCUGACACUUGUGAUCAGAGUCAAGCUCCAGUGGCUAAACCACAUGGAAAAAGCAGUUAUCUUCCUGAUAGUUUAGCUACAGUGGUUGCUGAAACACUUGGACUUUGUGUUCAAGAAGAAUCUGAAUCUCAAGGCCCUCGGAGCCCUCUUGGUGAUGAACUCUAUCACUGUCUGGAAGGAGAUCACAAAAAACAAGGUUUUGAGGGAUGUAGAAGAAAUAGUGAAGAUAAUUUAAGGUUUUCAGAUUCAAAGACUCCUCUUCAAGAAGAAUUGACUACUCGGGUAUCAUCUCCUGUAUUUGGAGCUACCUCUAACGUGAAAAGUAGUUUAGGUUUGAAUACAAGUUUGUCCCCUUCUCUUUUAGAGACUGGGAAAAAAACCCAUCUGAAAACAGUGCCCCUCAGCAACACUUGUGCUUCUGGACUAGAGAAACCUAGAUCAAAAUCUGAAGACGGAGCCCUUAUCACACAUCAUCUUCUUGGGACUGAAGUAAACAAGAUCCCUAAUCAGUCAUCUUCUAAUAAGCAGAUGCUUAUAAAUAAAAAUACAAGUGAACCCCUAAGUGAGCAGGAUAGUAUUGAUCACAUUAAAGAUACUGAUAAAGAUAAACAUGUGGUACCCCUGAAGUCACUGGGAGGCAGAACCAAAAGGAAGAAAAUUGAGGAAGAAAGUGAAGAUGAAGUAAUCUGUCCCCAAGCCUCCUUUGAUAAAGAAAAUGCUUUUCCUUUUCCACUGGAUAGUCAUUCUUCCAUGAAUGGAGACUAUGUGAUGGAUAAACCUCUGGAUUUGUCUGAUCGAUUUUCAGCUAUCCAACGUCAAGAGAAGAGCCAAGGAAGUGAGAACUCUAAAAUCAGGUUUAGGCAAGUGACUCUCUAUGAGGCUCUGAAGCCCAUUCCAAGGGACUCUUCCUCAAGCUGCAAGGCCUUGAGCAGGAGCUGUGAGCUAAGCAAAGACUCCCCAGAAGAGCCCUGUUUACAGGAGUCCCUUUUCCAGUCCUUGAAUAAAUCUCCAGAUAAUAAAACACUGUUACAAAUAAAGGAAGAAAACACAGUAUUUAAAAUCCCUCUUCGUCCACGUGAAAGGUUGGAGACAGAGAAUCUUUUUGAUGACAAAAAGGGUGCUGGUUCUCAUGAGCCUAUAAAGAUAAAAACCAGAUCCAUCCGUGGAGCAUGUGAAGUUGCAUCAGUUCUUCAGUUAAAUCCAUGUAGAAUUGCUAAAACAAAACCUCUACAAAACAACCAAGAUGUAUCCUUUGAAAAUAUCCAGUGGAGUAUAGAUCCAGGAGCAGACCUUUCUCAGUAUAAAGCGGAUGUUACUGUAGAUGAUACAAAGGAUGGCAGUCAGUCAAGAUUAGCAGGAGAGACAGUGGACAUGGACUGUACGUUGGUUAGUGAAACCAUGCUCUUAAAACUGAAGAAGCAAGAGCAGAAGGAAGAAGAGAGUCCAAAUGGAGAAAGAAAGAUGAAUGAUAGCUUGGAAGACAUGUUUGAUCGGACGACACAUGAAGAAUAUGAGUCCUGUUUGGCAGAGAGCUUCCCCCAGGUGGCAGAUGAAGAGAAGGAAUUGUCAACUACUACAAAAAAAACAAACACUCCUGGUGAUAAACAAGAUAAAGUCAAACAGAAAGCAUUUGUGGAGCCAUAUUUUAAAGGUGAUGAUAGAGAGACUGAAUUACAGAAUUUUCCUCAUAUUGAGGUGGUUCGGAAGAAAGAAGAGAGAAGAAAAUUACUUGGACACACAUGUAAGGAAUGUGAAAUUUAUUAUGCAGAUUUUCCAGCAGAAGAAAGAGAAAAGAAGUUGGCUUCCUGCUCAAGACACCGAUUUCGCUACAUUCCACCCAACACACCAGAGAAUUUCUGGGAAGUUGGUUUUCCUUCUACUCAGACUUGUAUGGAAAGAGGUUACAUUAAAGAAGACCUUGAUCCUUGUCCUCGUCCAAAAAGACGGCAGCCUUACAAUGCAGUGUUUUCUCCAAAAGGCAAAGAGCAGAAGACAUAA